CCAAUAAGUACUUACCUAUAUAAAUUAACUCAAAACGUCGCUCUGAGUUCAUAAGUGUAUUUACAUAUAUGACUCGGUAACAAUUAGUUAAAUUGUUAUACUGUUUGAAAUUCCAAGGGCUUGUCAAUAAACAAAAAGUUGUCUGCAAUGAGUAUGGCACUUGUUGGUUCUAAUAUAUAUUAAGAAAUAAAAGUCAUCUUCAGUAACAUUUUUUUUUUUAGGAAAAUCUCCAAAUACCACUUUGUCUUUUAGAUAUAAUGCUAAUAAUGAGGAGCUUGAAGAGCUAUUUAAUGCAUGUGAUGAUGAUCCACCUACACCUCAGUGCGACCCUCCUGUGAGUUCUCAGAGUGAAAACGUUAGCCCAAAAAGGUCAGAUAAAACAUCUAUUAUUGAUAAAUAUUUUAAAUCAAUGCGUGAGAAACAAAUUGAGAAAAUAGAAGAUGCUAAAGAACCGGAAUCAAAGCAACUGGAUGAAGCUAAGAUUCAAAAUCCACCCAAGGAAGUUUCAUCAUCGCCCAUGAAAGAAUAUUUAAACCGUUUAGGGAAAAGAAGUACUUCUGAUGUUGAUGUGAAAGAACCAAAUGAAACAUGGAAAAUUUUUCACGAUUUCAAAUUCAAAAUAGCACAAGCAGUAGAAGAUAUGAAAACGAGGUCCCUGGAAGAAACCAAAGAAAAGUCAGUACCAAGAGAAAAUUCUAUAUCAGAUUCUGAAGAGAAUUCGGCUGUGAAAGAUUCUGAUCAGCAAAGUAUUGGAGAUACUGACAACCAGGUAUCUUCAUUGGACAGUAGCAUUCAAAAUUUGUCUGAAGUAACACAGCCGUUAACAGCAAAAGUCACUGAACGUGAAUUAUUGCUUCCUGCUGAUAAUAAAAAUUAUUCAGGUUCAAGUGAUGACACUCACAAAAAUAUAGUUCACAGUGAUUCAGCCGAGUUGUCAAAAGAUUAUCAAUCUGACAGUAAUAUGAUGGAAGUUGAAUCAGGAGUAGAAGCUCUUGAGGAUACUUUAGAUGGAUUUGGGGACGUUACUAAUGUGGAUGCUUCUCAACAAAAAGAAAAAUCUGUCAGUUCUCUGCCGACUCCCCAACCGAUAACAACACGCAAUUUGGGAUUGCCACCUAGUAAAAAUAAUCGAAAUAUGCCCCAAACUUCGGAAAUAUCUAAAACAUACUUUUUAAAUUUCACAAUGUAUUUUUUAACAUUUUUUGUUUUCAUUAACUACAUGUUAUUUCCUAAAUCAAAUUUAUGGAAUGGAUUUUUGUUAGGUAUUUGGUUUUUCUACAUAGCUAGUGUGUUAAAAAAUUGGGUGCUAGAUAAUUUCUUCAGUGAUGUAGAGUCACAUAAACCUCCAUUCCUACACAUGAAACGCAGUAGUGUUGUUCCAUCUACAUACACAAUACCAUCUGUGCAAGAACACACACCAAUGAAGAAAUAUGAGGGUUGGAUAAAUCACUAUAGGUAUCCAGAUUAUGAUCCAUUUACCUACCACAUCAAUCAAACGACAACGGCCUUCAUGAAACUAGAAGGUUGUAAUUUAAGAAUAUCAUACACUAAAACUAAAGUGGCUAAGAGAGCUCUAUGGGAUGAGAAAAUAGAGAAUAUAAUUUUCUACCAACAUCGACUGUAUAAUUUGACUGGUGCACGCGUCAUAUUGCUGCCAAAGGGCCUAGUGAAGAGAAGACAAUGGAGCAAAAAGUAUCCAAUCUGCGUAGUGUUGAAUGAAAGAGAAAGUAUACAAGUUUUAGAAAAAGAGAAUAUUGAAGCGGAACGAAAAUUAUCGGAAGCUACGGCGAACAAGAAGGGUAAAGAAACGCCGGAGGUUGAAAGCACGGAGACAAACACCAGCCCUGAGAAAAGACGAAAAUUCGUGUGGAGAAGAAGGGAGAAAAGUAUUUCCCACUCCGAUGGAGAAACAGGUAAAGAAGGGCUUCGGCACAGGCUUGUUAGAAAAAUGCAUAGAGAUAAGAAACCGGACAACUUGUCUACAUGUAUGGAAACAAAUGAAAAUCAAGAGAAGGCUGACAAGAACAUUCCAUUCGAGGAUACGUUAUUCCACGACGCGGAAAUGGAUUUCACUACGAAAUCGACGACAAGCACUAAAGAUGACGUAGAAGAGGACUUAGACGAGACUGAAUUGUCCAGGCUCAAGGAUUUCUUAGAAGAUGCAGAAUCAGAGACGGGUGCAGAGGGAGGGGCGGAGGGCGAGUGGAGUCUACAUGUGAGACGGUCGGCAGACAAACAUUCCCAUUUAUAUUUAUUCGCUCGUACUGGCAGAGACAAACAUGAAUGGUACCGUCGGCUUACAACUGCGGUAGCAGACGCGAAAGCAGCAUCACCAGAUAUUUCUGUAGAAGACGAACGAAGUGCGAGCGACCUCGCCGAUAGCAAGGACGGUGUCGAAAUGGCAGUAUUCAAAAUCACCGAGAAAGAAACUGUAGCAUUCGCUAAAACUAUUGUAAGUUGACUAUAAAUAACAUCUUGAAUUUGGCUAUUGAAAUAAAUAUUAUCCCUAGGGGAAAAAUCCCCCGCAAAUUGCUAAAGGCCUGGCCGCCAU